CAGAGACUGGGAAUUAGGGUUUCAUCUUUCUCUCGUUGCCGCUGGUGUUGAGCUUGCAGGAGAAGGAGAAGAAGAAGAAGAGCGAUGGCCGUCGGCAAGAACAAGAGGAUCUCCAAGGGAAAGAAGGGUGGCAAGAAGAAGGCCGCUGAUCCCUUUGCGAAGAAGGACUGGUACGAUAUCAAGGCUCCUUCUGUGUUCCAGGUCAAGAAUGUUGGCAAGACACUCGUCACUCGUACCCAGGGUACCAAGAUUGCUUCUGAAGGACUCAAACAUAGAGUGUUUGAGGUUUCCUUGGCUGAUCUUCAAGGUGAUGAGGACCAUGCUUUCAAGAAGAUUCGCUUGAGAGCUGAAGAUGUUCAAGGGAAGAAUGUUCUGACUAACUUCUGGGGGAUGGAUUUCACCACUGACAAGUUGAGGUCAUUGGUGCGAAAGUGGCAAACUUUGAUUGAAGCUCAUGUGGAUGUGAAGACCACAGAUAAUUAUACUUUGAGGAUGUUCUGCAUUGGGUUUACUAAGAGACGUAGUAACCAGGUGAAGAGGACAUGCUAUGCUCAAUCAAGCCAAAUUAGACAGAUCCGAAGGAAGAUGAGAGAGAUCAUGAUCAACCAGGCAACCUCCUGUGAUCUGAAAGAAUUGGUCCGUAAGUUCAUUCCUGAGAUGAUCGGAAAAGAGAUUGAGAAGGCAACAUCUAGCAUCUAUCCUUUACAGAAUGUAUUUAUCCGUAAAGUUAAGAUCCUGAAAGCCCCAAAGUUUGAUCUUGGGAAACUGAUGGAGGUUCAUGGUGAUUACUCAGAAGAUGUUGGUACAAAGGUGGACAGACCUGCUGAUGAAACCAUGGUUGAGGGAGCCACUGAAGUAGUUGGAGCUUGAUCUGGCUAUGGAUUUUUGUUUGUUUAGGUUUCCUUUUUACUUUUACUAAUUUAUUGCAGUUUUGUUUAGACAUUGAGAAACAUUUGUUUGCAAUCUAAAUCUGGAUUUUUGGUUUGGCGAAUUUAAGUACUGUUGCAAUAACUAAGCACGUCAUGAAGACGUUAAUCUUGUUUCCUUGUGUGUUCUCAUCUUAUAAUUCGUGCAUUAUUUGCAUAUUGUUU